AUGGCUUGCUGCCAUGAACCCAAGGAACCCAAGGAAAAGAUACCCAAGGAACCCAAAGGUACAAGGAACCCAAAGGAACCUAAGGAACCCAAGGAACCUAAGGAACCUAAGGAACCCAAGGAACCCAAGGAACCUAAGGAACCCAAGGAACCCAAGAUACCCAAGGAACCC